CUUUUAUAAAAUCUUUAAACGGUUUAAGAUUUUUUAUAACCAUUUCAUUAAUCCCGAAACUCUCAGCGAGGUUUCACUUUCACAUCACUAAUGAUAACUGUAUACGUUAUAAACCUUUUCUUAAACUUUAGUGAUGAAAUGCGAGUUUUGUUUUGAGAUAAAAACGCUAGUAAAAAAGCAAGACAAAUAUUUAUAUAAGCGAAUGAAGCGCGCUAAGAUAUUAUUUAUGUAUAAUAUUUGGCAAUUGUGUUUGAGUUUCGAGUAGUGUGAACCAACAGUACACCGCCACCAGUGAUGGAGUUCACAAGUCGAAAUUCCGUUACCAAGCACCAAAGAGACUCGCAAAUAAACUAAGAGAAAUCCCAUAGUCAACCGUACACACACAGACAUAUACAUAUAUAUCUGAUUAAGUGCAACUAGUUUAACGGUUAAACUGGUUUUCUGUGCAAAAUUAUAACGCUGUAAAAGUAAAGCCAAAAUAUGUUGUUAAAUUUGUGUAAAAAUUCACAAGGCGUUUUUCGCGCUGAAUUUCGAACGCAAUUGCUGGCGGCAGCGAGCGUAACCAUAAUCACAUUUUGCCAUGGAAUCGGACUUGGCUGGUUCGCGCCUAUGCUGUUUAAGCUGCAAACACCCGCUGAAAGUCCGCUUGACUUUGAGGUUUCCGUGGAGCAGGGCUCCUGGAUGGGUGCGCUGGUGUGCCUAGGCAGUUUAAUCGCCAAUGUGUUCUUCGGCUAUCUAUUGGAUAUAAUUGGGCGUAAAGCCUGCAUAUAUUGCCUGGCCGUACCGCAUAUUUGCUUUUGGUGUCUCGUCUACUUUGCACAAUCUAUCGAAUAUCUUUAUGCGGCGCGCUUCCUUGGCGGCAUGACUGGUGGUGGCAAUUACGUUGUCAUACCGAUUUUCAUUGGCGAAAUCGUCGAUCCAGCGAUACGCGGUCGUCUCACUUCAUUAUUCACACUCACCUUGAAUUCGGGCAUGUUGAUGGGUUUUACCCUAUCCUCCAAUGUGCACUAUCACACUAUACCGCUGUUGGUGAUCUCACUACCCUUACUCUUCUUGCUGAUCGAAACGUUCUUUCCGGAAACACCGACGUAUCUCUUGCAUCGCGCGCAAGUGGAAAAAGCCGAGAAAUCAUUUAAAUUCUAUCAGGGCCUCAAUGCUGAGAGUAAGCAGGAUACCGAUAAGUGCAAUGCGAAAUUUUCGGAGUUACGCGAUGCGGUUAUGUCGCAAAAGUUGCAAACAGACGUUGUCACUUGGCGAGAUUUCUUUAGCAAACGCGCCAUACAUGCGCUAAGCAUGGGCAGUAUGCUGAUUAUAAUUAACGUAUUUAGCGGCAGCUUUGCAAUACUCAACUAUACUUCGUCCAUAUUCGACGCCGUCAAAACGGAUAUACAUCCGAAUACGAACACCACAAUAAUUGGCGUUGUGCAAAUCAUCGGCACCAUAACCGCCAUCAUUUUGGUGGAUCGUUAUGGUCGUAAAAUGCUGCUCAUGCUCUCCACCGCCUCCAUGGGUAUUUGUUUGGCUGCGUUCGGCAUGUAUGCCUUCUUUGCCGAAGAGACUAGCGUGAAUCUUACACCUUAUCGCUCGUGGUUACCGCUGCUGCUUAUGGCGCUUAUCAUACUUGCGGCGAAUGUGGGCGUAAUACCCGUCACAUUUGUAGUGCUGGUGGAGAUUCUACCGCCGAAGAUACGUUCAAAGGGCGCAUCCUUUUGUUUAGCACUGCUUAGCAUUUUGACAUUUAUUUUGAUAAAAGUAUAUCCACCCUUCAUGCAGGCCUUCGGUUUGUCAGCGUCAAUGUGGGCCUGCGCUUCGUUCGCCGCCCUCGGCUUAUUCUACAUAGCCAUAUUUUUGCCAGAGACGAAAGGAAAGUCUAUGAGUAAGGAGGAUGCGUAAAAAAGCAUUACAAGUGAUUAUUAUAAGUGUUUAUGUAAAUAUGUUUUAAUAAAAUUAAGCUUCAUAUGUAUGUAUUUAAAAAUUAUUUGUUUUGGCAAAAACCUUACUAUAAUAUAUGUAUGUAUCUAGACUCACGAGUUGAAAUUACAAAGAAGUUGUUUUAAUGAAUAUAUUAUUAUAUUAUUUUAUAUUAUUUAUUUACUUCAAUAAAGACAGCAGAAAUACUAAAG